AUGUCUAAUAACUCCUAUAUGUUUAAUGUGCCGUCCUAUUCCAAGAAUAAUGGGAAACUUCCAGCAUUACUCAUCCCACUGCCAGUAUCAAUACUGAAUCCCGAUACCCUUCCAAUGGAACAAUUAUCACUAGGAUCUGCUAAAAAGCCUCCUAGAAGGAAACCUCCACCAAUUGAUUUUCUGAGAAUAAGCGGGUCACAUUCAUACUUGGAAACUCCAGCGUCAAAUGAUCUAAAGAUCGAUACAUCUCCAAGCAAAUCAAAUCAUACUCCAGAUUCAAACAAAAAUGAACCAACUAAUAAUGAACAAUUUAAUGAACAUAAUAAAAAUGAAAGAGAUAUUAAUAUCCCAAAUAAAAAUAAUAAUAAUACUUUAAAGAUCAAUACUAUUAAUGAAAAUGAUGUCACCCCUUUCACUUCUAACGACAAUUUUAAUAAGACCACAACAGUGACAAAAACAAAUGAUAUUUAUAAUGAUCUUGUAUUGACUCCAACUAGCAACCCUAAUAGUUCUAAUUUGGAAAGUAAUACAGAAAAUAAAAAAUCGACACCAAUUCCAAGAAGAAAUUCAACUGAUGAUGUUGAAGAUUUGGCACCAGAAGAUUGGCAUGAUGUUGCCCAAAAAAAUGAAAUUAUCGAAUUAAAUAAAUUAGGGGAAGGGAAUGGAGGAAGUGUUUCAAGAUGUAAACUCAAAAAUGGUAAUACUAUAUUUGCCCUUAAAAUGAUUAAUACAGAUCCAAAUCCAGAAAUUCAAAAGCAAAUUGUCAGAGAAUUACAAUAUAAUCGAUCAUGUGAUAGUAAAUAUAUUGUGAAAUAUUAUGGAACAUUCUUAAUUGAAAAACUGCUGAUGAUUGGUAUUGCCAUGGAAUAUAUGGGUGGUAAAUCAUUAGAUGCAAUUUAUCAUAGAGUUAUUGAAUUGGAUCCAGCAAAUAGAAUAAAUGAAAAAGUGUUGGGGAAAAUAGCUGAAUCAGUGCUAAAGGGAUUAGAUUAUUUACAUCAGCAAAGAAUUAUUCAUCGAGAUAUUAAACCUCAAAAUAUUUUAUUAGACUCUGAAGGUAAUGUGAAAUUAUGUGAUUUUGGAGUCAGUGGCGAAGUUGUGAACUCUUUAGCGACUACAUUUGUUGGUACACAAUACUAUAUGGCACCAGAAAGAAUAAUGGGCAAACCAUAUACAGUUACUUGUGAUGUAUGGUCUUUGGGGUUAACUUUGCUUGAAGUAGCUACUUGUGAAUUCCCAUUUUCAGCAGGAACUGGAACUGGAACUGGAACUGAUCAUAAUUUAUUAAAUAUGGGACCAAUUGAAUUAUUAUCUUUGAUUUUGGAAUAUGAGCCUGAAUUAAAAGAUGUUCCAGAAGAUGAUAUCUAUUGGUCAGCAGCAUUUAAAAAUUUUAUUAAAUACUGUUUGAAGAAAAAUCCACAAGAUAGACCUUCACCUAGUCAAAUGUUAAAACAUCAAUGGUGUCUCACCCAACUGAAAGUAAAGGUUAGAAUGGAUAGGUUUGUCAAACGAUUGUGGGAUGAAUCCCAAUAG